AUGCCUUCUUUCCCAAAGCCCAACUCGACCCCCUCGAAGCCGGCAUCCUCUCAGUCGCAGCCCGGUACACAGUCUUCACAGACACCCUCGUCCACCAACAGUCACAAGGCCCCCUCGGCCGCCCUCUCCUCCCACCAACACGCCAUCAUGCUCCGCUACUCCCUCUCCCCGCGAACCAUCCGCGCCCUCGCCGCCCUCCCCUGCGCCGCCCCUCCCGACGAGAUCCUCCGCUGCGCCGCCUCCGCCACCGAGUUCCUCUCCUUCACCUUCUCCUCGCCGGAAAUGGUCGCCUUCGCCGGCAUCAACAACGACCCCUCGACCCGCUGGCACCUCCGCGAGCCCCUCACCCAGCCCUGGCACAAGGUCUUCCUCGUCGCCCAGUGCGAGGCCGCCGGCGGCGACUACGGCGACAAGCUCUCCCUCCACGCCCGCAACGACCUCUACGCCUGCCGCAACCGCAUCGUCGACAUACUCGGCCAGGUCCUGCGCGCCUGCGCCGAUCUCAUGGGCGCCCGCAGGGACGCUGUCGGCCUGCGCCGUGCCCUCGAGACCUGGAGGGGCGUCGUCUCGGGCAGCUGGGAGGGGAUGCCGACGGAGUUGCUGCAGGUCCCCGGCAUCGGGCCCAAGAAGGCAGGUCUGCUCGCCAAACACGGCGUCAAGUUCGUACGCCAACUCGCCGACAUGGAGUUCUACCACAUCGAGAGGAUCCUGAGCCGCAACCCGCCUUUCGGCCAGAAAAUUGUGCGUACCUUGGCCCACUUUCCGCGUCUCACACUCGCUAUCGACGUUGCCAAACGGGAGGAGAGCACACGCAAAGUUAUCGUGAGAGCCAUGCUGGGUUGUUCGAACCGCGAGAUUCCCACCUGGAAGGACAAGUCACCUUCGGUCACCUUGGCCGCCGAGACUCCGAACGGAACCCUGGUCUUCUUUUGGAGAGGCAAAGUCGGCAGCUUGAUGUCGGGGAAAGAGCUCGUGUUCCCUGUCGAGGCUACGUCCGGCGAUGCAGUGUUUGUGUGGGCCAGUUGCGAGGAGAUUGCCGGUACUUAUGUGACGGGUGAGGUGAAGGUCUAA